ACUCAAUGGCGGACGCAAACGGCUCGACUAAUGAAGAAUCCACCAACGCAACCACCACUUUAACGGGGGGUACUCCCGCUGACUUCUUGAAGCAAGUCGUUGGUCACGAAGUGGUUGUGCGGCUGAACAGUGGUGUCGACUAUCGUGGCAUUCUCUCCUGCUUGGAUGGUUACAUGAACAUUGCGCUCGAGAACACGGAAGAAUAUGUGAAUGGGAUUAAGCGGAAUAGCUAUGGUGAUGCAUUUGUACGGGGGAACAAUGUUCUCUAUAUCAGCCGAGUCGAGUGAGGUGCACCACUUUCAGAAGUCCUGAAGGUGCAAGCGUGCCUAGUAUUGCUAUAAAGAGGACGAAGGCAAUAUUUCGUGUGUCCGAGACUCAGAGUACGCAAGGGCUAAUCACAACUCUAGAUCUUCGGGUCGCAAGGCUUCAAUUCGAGAUGACGUAUCAUGGGUCCUUGAUUGAUAGACUUUUGUUGAUCCUCUCUUCAAUUCCCAUCAUGUGAAUCUAGAUUAUGCAUGGGGCAUCCAAUGAUAAUAAUCAUCAAUCUGCUGCACUGCUUCUGACCCCUUUGUUGUCCUC